UUUAAUUUUCUAUUUUUUUAAUUUUUUAUUUUGCUGCAUGGACACUGUACUAUACCCAGGAUUAAUUUCAUGACAGGUGUACAUUUUAAACAGGUAGAUCUAAUGAGAAGAGUAUUGCACUGUUUUCUUGCUAAUUGUUUGACAGUUUAUCAAUCAAAGUUGUAUUAUGUUGCGGUCAAACUCUGAUAUAAAUUAAAUGAUUAUCAAACAAGCACCAUAACACCACCUAUAGACGGAGGAGCAGAGCGCGGAAGCGUGAUGAUGACGUCACUCGCAGAUUGAUUUCUCAAUCCGAAAGUAAAGUCGAAGCAGAAGCAGAGGCUGUGGGUUUUUUUUAGCACAACAUAAUGAACCGUCAAAUAGACGAUGUGAUGGGUCUCUGCUGUAGGGUUUCAGAGAGCAGACAGAUUAAAGCGGCUCUCCAGAACUCCAGCAAAGGGGCUGCAGCAGCCGGCGGAGGGGCUUUUGUAGGUGGUCUGCUCGGAGGUCCACCCGGUAUAUUUAUUGGCGGUGCUUUGGGAGGUGCAUUUGGAUGGUGGAUGACUAGUGGCAAAUUCCAUCCUCUACAUCAGAUCAUCAUGGAGAUGCCUCCCCAACAGAAGAACAAACUGUACUCUGAGGUCAUGGCCGUGCUGGGCAAUCUGGAUUGGGUUGACAUGGCACAACUCAUUUUACUAGUGAUGGGUAACUCCUCUCUACAGAUGCGAGUGCUUACUACUUUGAUCUCUUUUGCAACAAAAGAGCUCGGAGCCAAAAUAGAAUAUGGACAAAAUUAGUGGGUUAUUGACAGCUGCUUAGUCUAGGUUUGACUUGGUAAUACUUUAGUUUAGCUCAUAAUUCAAGAUAUUAACUACUGGCUUAUUACCUAUUAUAAAGAUAUAAACAUAAUUCAUUAGUAAUUAUACAGAAUGAUCUUAUUCAGAAUCCCUAAUCCUAUACAAAACUUAAACCCAACUUCUAUCCUACUAACUAACAAACAGCUAAUCAAUUGUUUAUCAAGCUAGAAGUGCUAGUUUAUGAUUUGUUAAUUCCGUAUAUUAUGAUUUAAAUUAAGGUGUUACCUUUAACAAUAUGAAGAGCUUCAUUAGUUUUUUUGUUGUUGCUUUAUUAUAACGUAAUAUGUGUACUGUAGGCAUCAUGGUCUAUUCCUUUUCUUUUUUUUUGCUUUUUUAAAGUUUCAUAUGAUAAUUCAAAUUGCAAAAAUUUAGCAUGUUUAGGCUUCUGAUUAAGUAACUGUUUAUCAUUUCUAGAACAUGUGCUUUCUAAAGCACGUGACGAGCCAUUUCAGUACAGAUAAAAGGACAAAAAAAGAAAAAAAUUCUGUCAUUUCUUACCAUGAUGCGGUUCGAAACCUGUAAGACUUGUUUUUGUUCUAUGGAACAAUGUAAAAAUGAACGUCAGUUUUGUUUACACUUGCACAUGCACUGUGUGGAUUUAAAAGACAUUUCUCAAAAAACAAUCUCUGUAAAAGAAAGUGAGAAUA